AUGUUCCGUUUAAUUGGUGAUCCGGAUGCGACAUUGAUGGUAACCAGUCAACAUCGUGCCUUAAAUGAAGCAGGUACUUAUGCUGACCAAUAUGAUUAUGAAGAUGAAACGGAAUGGACAAGACCAACAUUGCAUUCUACAUUUAAUGCACGAAAUAAUUAUAUCGAUUCAUGGAAGGAAGUUGGCGUACACAUUGGACAUGUUAUUCAUCCAACCAGAAUUAGGAUUGAAUGUCACUCUAAGGGUAAUAACGCCGUUGUUACAACAAAAGGAACAACCGAAUGUUACAUUGACAAUAUUGAAAUGAUCAAAUGUGAUGAAGAAGUGUGGUACGAAAAUAUAUGUCAAUCGAAUAAGACUAAAAAAUAUUUGUGCAAUAAAUAUGAUCGUCCGAAAUGCAUUGAUUACGAUCAAUUAUGUGAUAUGACUGUCGAUUGUCCAGGAGCUGAAGAUGAACAAACUGAUUUACACAAUUGCACAGCAGUACCAACUGGUGCUCGUUGUACAUUUGAAGAUGAAAAUGAACAGAAGACAGUUUGUAUUGGAUGGCGUUUGGAAACAUAUUAUGUUCACAAUAGUCGAAGAGCAGAUGAAAACAAACAUCUUUUCAUUCGAAUUAAUGCCAGCGAUGCAGCGAAACAAUCAUCACUGAAACAUAUCCCACAAAAGGAUCAUACCUUUGAACAUAAUAAUAAUAGCGGUCAUUUUUUAUAUUUUACAUCGGAAGAUGAUCAAGAACGAAAGAGCUUCACGGAUACUAAAUCAACUUAUUUUAUAUCACCACAUUUUCCACCAACCGUUAAUAUACUCCACAAUUCGGUUGCACUUCCAUCAAAUUCAUGCAGGAUACGAUUUUACUACUGUUCAUAUGGAAGUUCCAUUUCGACGCUACAAUUGACAGUACAUCCGAUUAACGGUCAACCACCGAAAAUCAUCUGGACUCCACCAUCACUCUCGUUCGCUGACCAUAAUUACUACUGCGAAUGGAUAAAAGUAUCCAUUGAUUUACCAGAACAGAAAAGUGAAUACUAUUUAAAAAUGGGUGUAAGCAGAAUAUUCGACUCAUCAAUAAGUUUUGCCAUUGAUGAUUUCUCGAUGACACCAGAUUGCUUUACUAAUGAAGAAGCAUGGAUUGCGCAAUACAUACCUUAUGUAUAUAAUAUAACAAGUUGUGGACAACAAGGAUCUCAUCAACCAACACCUGAAAAUUGCGAUAAUUUUUACAAUCAAAGUGCAACAAAAACGCUAUUACGAAACAAUACUUCCAAUGGGUUUCAGAAAUGGAUUGUACCAAAAACUGGAGAAUACAGAAUCGAAGCAUAUGGCGCAUCUGGAGGACAUCUUGCGCAACAAACAAUCAAUAAUUAUGGUGGUCAAGUGAUUACUAUAGUUAAUUUAACAGUAGCUACAGAAUUAAACAUUUUGGUAGGACAAAUGGGUGAAAGUCCAUGUGAUUAUUUUAAAGAUUCUGCUGAUGGCACAAAGAGUCACCAAUACGAAGUGUUGAAAUAUUUAUGCAAGAAGGGCGAUAGCAUAUGGAGUGAUGACACAGCGGUUGCAAAUGCUAUAAUGUUCCCGGGUACUGGUGGUGGCGGUGCAACAAUUGUUAAGUAUCAAAAUACGAUUAUUUUAGUUGCUGGAGGUGGUGGUGGAAUAUUUCCGGAACAAAUUAUUCAAUUAGAAAAACCAGGAGUUAAUCCAAGAGGCGGUUAUUUAUUCGAGAUGGGCAAAGAUUCACAACCAAUUGAUUUACAUAGUCCAAAGCGAGGAAUCCUGUGGAUGUCUGGAGAUGGAGCACAUUUUCUACAUAAUAGUAAAAAAGAAAAGUGUGAGCAGUGUGUUGUGAUGUCCGGAAAGCUAAAUAAUGAAUCCUCUUCCGGAGGUGUGUGCCCAUUGGUAUCGGUGUGGAAAAUUUUGGGAGGAUAUGGUGGUGGCGGUGCAUCUUGCGGACCGGGCGGUGGUGGUGGAGCUGGCUAUUAUGGUGGAGAAGGUGGGCAAAAAUAUCAUGGUACCGGCGGAAAAAGUUUUGUAAAAUACAAGAGCGCCAUCAUUAGACCUGGUAUGAAUAACGGUAACGGUUAUGUACUAAUUCAUCCAUGUCGUUUACACUGUUCAACAAAUGCAACUUGUCGUUUUCGCUUGAAUAAUGCCGAUGAAAUUGUUUCCUAUUGCUCUUGUCCGAAUGGUCAAAUAGUCGGCGAAUUAGAAGAUUGUAUUUUUGAAGACAAGAAACAAAUGAAUGUUCGUCGUAAAGAAUCUCUUCUUGUAAUGCUCGUUUUUGCAUUCGUUUUAUGCACUAUCAUUCUUCUCAGCGCAUUUGGAAGUUUCUGUGUUUAUUUUCGAAGACGAUUAAAAAAGGCAAAAAUGGAGAAAGCGGAACUUAAUCGUGAAAUAGGAAUGUGUGCUUUACCACCCAGUACACCAAUGAGCAUCUCCGGAAAUCCAAUUUAUGAACCAUUUGGUCCAUGCGCUGAACUUCAACCUAUACCACGUGCUAAUGUUACUCUGAUAAGGCCACUUGGACAAGGAGCUUUUGGUGAGGUAUAUGAAGGAACAUUGAAUUGUGGUAGUCAAUUGAUUCAGGUUGCUGUGAAAACAUUACCGAAAUCAGCAUCCAAGCAGGCGGUAAAUGAUUUUGAAAUGGAAGCUCUUAUUAUGAGCAAAUUCCGACACGAAAACAUUUGCGAGCUUAUGGGAGUAUGUUUUGAUGUGACACCGAGACUUCUCAUUCUUGAACUGCUAGCUGGCGGUGAUCUGAAAUCUUUCCUUCGUGAAUGUAGGCCUAAAAAUACAAAAGAUCAGCAAAUUCAAAUGAUUGAUUUGCUGAAUAUGGCGCAAGAUGUUGCAAAAGGAUGUAAAUUUCUCGCUGAUAAUCGCUUUAUUCAUCGCGAUAUUGCUGCUAGAAAUUGCUUACUAACAAAGAAAGAAAUGGGACGUGUCGUUAAAAUCGCUGAUUUCGGUAUGGCAAGAGAUAUUUACAGGCAAGAUUAUUAUCGUAAAGGUGGUAAAGCAAUGUUACCAGUGAAAUGGAUGCCACCUGAAGCUUUUCUUGAUGGUGUUUUUACAGUAAAAACUGAUGUCUGGUCAUUUGGUGUAUUACUGUGGGAAAUUUUUUCUCUUGGAUAUAUGCCAUAUCCCGGAAAAAGUAAUCAGGAAGUUAUGUCUCUAAUUGUGAAUGGAGGACGAUUAGAGCCACCGAACGGUAUACCUGAUCAAAUUUACGCUUUAAUGUUAGCUUGUUGGAGCACCGCCGAUACUGAUCGACCACAUUUUGAUGAUAUCAUUGAAAAUUUGAAUUCUAUGCGUCAAAAUCCACUUAUGCAAAAUAUGCCUUUACCUGUAAUCAUUCACCGACUAUCACAGCCACAAUCUACUCCCAGUAAUUCAUCUUUACCGGAUAGUCCCUCAUCUGUUACCGAAACGAUAUCACAAAAUACUUAUUCUCAGAGUACCAUUAAUACAAUAUUGAAUUCGUAUACUGAAACAGUCCCAUCAAAUGAUUGUGAUCCGUUACCCACAAAAGAAACGUGUACCAGUGAUAGUGGCGAGCCAGUAAGUAAUUGCAAUGGUCAUCCUUUAUCUACCACAGCAUUACAUGACGCCGUAGCCGGAUCUCGUAAACCUGUAGUUGAUACGGAUUCUCGCAAUAAUCGAUUGGCUGAUAGCGAUUAUGCGAAUGCAAUACGUAUGGAAACAGUAUCACUACUGGAAAGACGAUAUCCACCACCAAUAGAGUUGCGAGUACCACCAUCUAUAGUCAAUGAUUUCUUAUCUCCUAGGAUGAUAAGCUCUUUAAGGUUAUCAAAUCAAUCAAAUGACCAGUCAUUACAUCAGAAUUAUAUGAAUCAAAGCCAAAUUUUAUAA